AUGUUGAAUGCCACCCAAAUACAACGAAUAAUUCCAUAUGUUUCUCUAACAACAGUGAAACAACUUAUUCAAGUAAAUAAAAAAGUUAAAAUGGCUAUAGAAGAAAUGAAAGUAAUUCCAUUGUUUAAAACAGUAAAUAAACAAGGAAAAAAUCUAAAAAAAGAUUUUUUUGUUAUUUCAAAACUAUUUCCACAAGCCAUUGCAGCUACUAUUGAUGGAAAAGAAAUGACACAACUUGAUGAGGAAGGAUGUGUGGAAUGGAUUGAUGAAGAAGAUAUUAUAAAAUUUUCACAAUUAAGAAUUAUUAAUUUACCUGAUGAUUAUGAAGUUAUAAUGAAUGUUAGAAAACAAAUUGUUGGUAUAGAAACAAAAAUAUAUUAUUAUGAUGAAAUAGACUUUGACUAUUUCCCAUUAUUAUAUAAACUUUGUUUAGAUUUUGAUGGAGUUUCAUUUGAUUUUAGGGAAAUGUUUAUAAACCGAUGUUACAAUGUUGAGCUUGUAUGCAUUAAAGGAUUUACUGAUUAUCAAUUACUUAUUAAUAUCUUAAAAAGUGUGUUAAUUGGGAAUAGAGUAAUAAUUGAAGUUAAUGAAAAUAUCACAAGAGAAGAAGUUGAAGAGCUUAGUAAUUAUUGUAUUGUUACUUUAAAAACUUUUAAAAAUUUUAAAACUAAUGAAAUAAGCAAUAAGAUUAUUGUGUUAGAUGGAAGAUAUUAUGAUGAAAUAGAAAAUGAUAAAAAUUGCUUAGGGGAAAUAAAUGAAGAUUUAAUGUAUUUAAUUAGUGAUUCAAAUGAACUGGAAGACUUGACUAUAGAAGGUGUUUCAUUAAGUAAAUAG